UGGCGCGCGCAAGGAGAUUAAAAGAUCGAGAUAGGCCGCCUGUCAAUACGCAUGAGAGAAAUUUAAUAAGAGCAAGCUCAGGAGUUAAGACUCCCGUCUUUCUAGCUCCCACCACAGAGUUAUCAAACGAACUUAUCGCGCAGAAGGUCACAGCUUUUGCGCAGAACGUCGAACGGGAGAAAAACAGCAACAAUUCCCCAAAUAGCACAGGACUAAGAGACACCCGAUAUAGCGGUUCCCAAAGAAAUAUUGUCUGUGGCUUUCGGGAGUCGAGUCUUUUGACGAUAGAUGUACAAGGCAAAUUGUCAUUGAGUAAAGAAACCAAACAGAAAAUGGGUCGCAAACCGUGCUUGUUGUCGUUGGGAAUUUCCUUACUGUUUGUACUAUGCGCAAGGGUCUCUGGAGUAUAUGGCAGCCGAAUUUCGACUCAAAAUCUUCCAGGAAAAUAUCCAAGCUUACCAAGUCACGAGGAAACUGCAGAAAAGCUGACAAAAUUCUUUUUCCGCUCCGACCACGGCCCUCGUAAACUUGUGAAGAGACAAGCAUUGGCGACGUUUUUUGACAUUAUGUACAUUCUCGACAGCUCAAGCUCUGUCAGUGACUGGGAAUUCCAGCGAGCUGUUCAAGCGAUACAAACAAUGGUGGCAAAAUCCAAACGAGAUAACCGCCAUGCCGUCAUCACCAUAGCAACUCGCGCCAAAACCUUCAUGAAUUUUAGCUCGCGAGCGGACGCUGUUCGAAAACUUCGCGGGAUUUCUAGAAGUGGCGGGAAAACAAAUACCCAGGAUGCUUUGGAGCUGGCUUUUCAAAUGUUCACAACGUCCAAAUAUGGUUCUACGCCGGGAGGUCUGGCUCGAGUUCUGGUUGUGACGGACGGCAGGUCGAAUAUUGAAAAACAUCGCACUGAGAGGAAGGCUUUCAAGUUGAAAGCGAAUGGAAUCGAGGUGUUCGUGAUUGCAAUCGGGGAUUACUUAGAAGGGAUGGACGAGCUGGCGAGAAUGGCAAAUACGAAAUACGCGCACAUGUACCGAGUGGAGGACGUAAAGGGACUGGCACGAGUCGUCAAGCUCAUUCCCAGACUCCAAGAGAGAGAGGCGACGAAUUACUAUGGUGGAAGACCGCCGAUAGAAGGAAACGCUGCAUCGAACGCAAAGUUACAACGUCAUCAGUAAAAGAAAAGGGCAAGCGAGUACACAGGGAGGGGGGGAGGGGCACUGUGUGCGCGGGAACCCCUUGGCGCCAAUAAGCGGAUUAUUUCUUCUUUUAGAUGACCCCCCCCCCCCCCCCCGAAUCGUUGGUACGCGCCAACAGUGCAACGCGGUCACAGUGUAGUACUUUUUACAAGAACCUUUUUUAAUAAAAAUGGCCAAGUUCAAAUAGCAUAACUAGAAAGACUACAGAGGAGCUGUAGAAAAAAAAAAACUAGAUUGUCUGCGUAGGCGUCGUAAGCUAUGAAUUUCAAACGCAAGGUUGAUAAUGUGCGCUGUACGAUAUUGUAUGCUCGUGAACAUUCUUUUCAAGCUGAUGUUGAUUUUUAGCAAGGCUCGAAUAGCAGGGACAAACCAUUUCUUUCUUACAGAGAUGCGUUGUAGAAUGCAGAAUCAAAUCGUAUUGAUGACAGAAAUUAAAAUAUUAUAGCUUUUUA